UACAGGCUUUUCUUCAGAUAAACAGCGUUAAACAAAAUCCUAGAAUCCUCGUCGGAGUUUCAGUCCGGUCGAUGAUCGGAGCUCUGGUUUCCGUCGGAGGAGACGAGAUAGAGCGUUUAUCUGUCGUUCGUUGUUUGUUGGGUGAGAGAAAAGCGAGUUUUUGUAGGUAGAUAAGAAGAGGAAGACUGAAAAUGAAUGGUAAUGGCAAUGGAUUUGGGAGUGCGGCGGCGGCUGCUGACUAUAUAAGGAGACAUCAUCUGCAUGAGAUUGGAGAGAAUCAGUGUAGUUCAACUCUCGUAAAGCACAUCAAAGCUCCCGUUCCUCUCGUUUGGUCUUUGGUGAGGAGGUUUGACCAACCUCAGAAGUAUAAACCUUUUGUGAGCAGGUGCGUCGCACAGGGGAACCUAGAGAUUGGAAGUCUUAGAGAAGUUGAUGUCAAGUCGGGUCUCCCGGCUACUACAAGUACUGAAAGAUUGGAACUCCUUGAUGAUAACGAGCAUAUCCUCUGCAUCAAGAUUAUAGGUGGUGAUCACAAACUUAAGAACUACUCUUCAAUCAUUUCCCUCCAUCCGGAGAUCAUUGACGGAAGACCGGGGACGUUAGUCAUUGAAUCCUUCGUGGUAGAUGUGCCUGAAGGGAACACGAGGGACGAGACAUGCUACUUUGUUGAAGCUUUGAUCAAGUGCAACCUCAAAUCACUGGCAAAUGUCUCUGAGGGGCUAGCAGUGCAGGACCGGACCGAGCCUAUUGAUAUAUGAAAGUUGAGGCCGAGGAGAUGAAAGAAAAAUAAUGUGUUGGAUAUAGUUGCCAUGGAUGAAGCUUCAAAAGGCUUUUCGUACCUGGGAGGGGCUUUAGGGAUGGACUGGCAAUUGUGGUAUUCCAUCUUCUACACACACACACUGCAUUGCUUGUACUUUAUCAUUUGUUUCUCCUUUUGUUUAUCGAACUUAAUAUGCUGGAUUUCCUCUGUAGUAGAUUAACCUCAUUGUUGAAGGAUGGGAAGAGAAUGGACUUAAUUCCUGCCCAGCUGAUCCAGGAUUUCCAAGAGAAAAUGG